UUGACACGUUGACCCAGAAGAACGGAAGCGCUCUUUACGAAAUGGUUGACAUGAUGCUCUAAAUCCUGUAAAUGUAAUGUAGACUGACUUUAUGUGUUAGACAGACUUUGUUAAAGUGUAGUAAUCAAAGUGCUUUAGUGAGACUCGACCAACGCGCUGAGAAACCUCUCAUGAAUGGACAUUUGAACCCGGACUAAAAUUAGCACAGUAUCUAAUCUGUGUUUCCACGAUGAGCAAAGAUUGGGCCGUUCUUCAGGGUGCCUUCCUCCUGGCUGAUAAACUGUGUCUCCCCUCAUCCCUGUCCUCGCUUCAGAAGGCUGACUGGAGCAAGGUGGGAAAUCCAGUCCUGGAUGCAGUCAAAGAAAUCUCCAGACUAAAUGAAAAUCCUAGCUCUUCAGCUGUCGACUGGAUAAAGAAAACAGUCUGUGCUGUGUGGCUGAAGCUGUUGUGCAGGGAGGCCGGAGAGGAUGUAGAGACAUCCUGGAGGGAGAACCCUUUCUUCUCCCUCCAAAACGGCCUCCCUGAAGUCAACCACGUUGUCCUGCUGGAGGUGGUGAAGUCACUGGAAGCUGCUCAGGUAUUCGCCCGCUUGCUGUUGUAUCUCCCUCAGUCUCAGGUCUGCACUGAGCUUGACAGGCUGGUGCAACACGUGAGGAGCAGCCCGGCUACUCAAGACGACGUGCGGCUUUUUCUGGACGUGUGGUGGGAACUGUGGAAAGGCCGAGAUGAGAAGAAAGCAGGAGAAGAGGACAACGUGGAGAAGAUGUUCGCUGGACAAUUUGCUCGUCUCUCCUCUGAGUCCCCCGGUUUGACUCAACAGGCUGCCAAGAGGUUCAAACUAGACCCAACAGAUCUACCUGCAUCAUCGCCAAAUAAUGAUGUGCUUCAAAUCCUCCUUCAAGCACUUAAAGAGAUAAAACAUCUCGUACCUACGACAGACCUUUGCCUCCAGGCUCUCUCCAUUUCUCUUGAUGCUCUUUACACAGCGUUCCUUAUAGAACAAGCAGUCGUACUUCCGACCACAGACAAGUUGAGCGUCCUGUCCAAAGCUGUAAGCAUCAGAGAAAAGAACAGUGAGAAACUGAGUCCUGAGCUCAUUCAGGAGGCUCAGAGAGACCUGCAUGCUUCUCACACACCAUCUCACUUUCAACCCAGCAGGAUGAAGUUCGGUGACGCCUUGAAGAUUAUAACAGGACUUGUUGAGUUCUGGAAAAACAGCGGGCUCCUGAAAGUGUGUGACAGCUCUGCGUCUAGCCGCUCGGCAUUUAAACUGGAACAAAGUGUCCAGAGAGUCCUGACAGGUCUACAGGCAACAGAAGAAGCCGAUAACAUGACUGAGAAGAACUCACUCAGAGAUCUGCUGGUGUCGCUGGCUUUCCCUGCUAUCGAGAGCACAGCAGAUGUGAACUCCAGGGUCACAGAGAUGAUCAUCAGUCACCACCUGGACGACUAUCAGGACUUUGCAAUGUUGUUCGCCAGUGAGAUGAGUUGGGCGUCUUGUAGCGAGCACUGGAUGGACUGCCUGGAGAAGAACCAGGCAGCCUUCCAGCUGCCGGACACGCUCAUCAAACUCACCUCCACCCUCAUGGGUAAACUCCAGGGUCAGAGCACAGACGUGAGCCAGUGCAGGAAGCUGAUGAAAGUCCUCGCCGACAUAUUCUCUGCACUCUCCUCACAAGACAAAAACAAAGUGCUGGCUGCAAUGUUGAGACUGUCCAGCAGGGGAUUCUUUGGGCGCUCCGUCCCCUCUCCUGUGACUGACGGGUUCGAACAGGAGCUCAACAUGGCCUUCAACUGCAUCAUCCAAGGAGGGGGCGGAGCGUCGGCGUCGCAGAGCAAUCUGAACUCAGCUGUCUCUUUGGUAGCGCGAGUUGCCUAUCAGAAUCCAGAGGCUGCUCUGAGGUCUUGUUGUCAUUCUGCUGUCUUCAAUAAAAGUGCUUUCUCUCUGAUGGCUAAGAUCCUGCAGCAGCUGCCUGGACUCCGAGGACAGAGGGGGAGAGAAGACGCAGCGCAGAGUGAUGAAGAGGAAAGUGUAGAUGAAUUAAACAGUCCUCUCUGCAGAUGUCUGCUGGAGAUCGUCAACACUAAAUCGUUGUCUGCUAAUGAAAAAGAGCAGUUCCUCAAGUUCCUGAGCCUGCUGAUGAUGCCCGUUAUAAGCGUUGAGGGAGGAGAAAGAAAUGAAAGUUUUCUGCCACCUCAGGAGGUCGUGAACAUCUUUGUCCUGCCUCAUCUCUCCUCUACGGGUCAAGGCAGCUUGGAUUCAGAACUGAGUGUGAAGCUUCUGCAUGCCGCUCUGUGUGUGGACGUCCAGGAUGAAGCUUCAUCUCCUCACUGGGUGAUGGACUGUUCUCCCUUUCCUCUGCUCUACGUCCUCGCACAGCUGCAAAACCAGACACUCAGAUGUUGGGAGCAGCCACCAGAGGACGAUGUCAACCACUGGUCCAUGGACACCAAGGAGCUGCUGGUGUCGGUGCUAACCACGCUGGGGCAGCUGGUGGGUGCAGAGGUGUCGGCGGCCCCCAGCAGGUGGUCCAGACCUCUGUUCUGGCUCUACAACAAGAUGGAGGAACUGGACUGGACCGUUCGGUUCCACCUGAAGCCUGUGUGGAGGGAACACUUUAAAAACGAGGUUCCCUCUGCUCUGCUGGCCGUGUGUGAUCUGCCUGAGCAGGAGUGGUCAGGUCUGGACCUGCCUCAGUACGGCCCGGGAACAGGUCUCCUGGCCUGGAUGGAGUGCUGCUCUGUAUCCGACUCCCUUCAGUCCACCAUGUUGGGCCGUCUCUCUCUGGACCGGCGCCGGCCCGACCACGUCAGCAUGUUCAGCAAAGGCCUGCUGGUGGCUCUGAGCCAGACUCUGCCCUGGUGCUCGCUCUCCCAGUGGAGCAGACUGCUGAGCGUCCUGAAGGAGCUGAUCACCUCCGACCGCCUCCACGUUCCCUUCUCGCUCGAGUACGUGGACUACCUGCCCCUCCUCGAUCUGAGGAAGUUCUCCUGCGAGCUGCGUCUGUCCGUCCUCCUGCUGCGAGUGCUCCAGCUGCUCUGCGGGUCAAGCUGCUCGGACUGGCUCUCGGGGGACGGCUGGGCCCACGUGGGCCGGUUAUACGCCCACGCUGUGAGGGACAUGAUGACAUCGGUGAGAGCCAAGCUGCAUCUUCCUUCCUUUGGUGCUCUGAAUGUUUCAACGGCCGACCCUUCCUGCACUUCAGUCACGUCUCCUAAAGACUCAGUGAUGGACGUCAGACCAGCAGAGGACCAGAUGAAGGUGGGGGAGGGGGAGGGGGAGAGGGCUCCCGGCCAGGAAGUCCUUUUUGUUCUCAGCCAGCUCUUCUGCCAUGUUCAGCACAUCCAGGUGAUGAUGCCCGGAGGUCAGAGUGAACCCUUGUUCCUGUCCUGUCUGGAGAUCCUCAGCCACUACGAGGCCGUCAUGGCCGCGUUCCCUCACAGCAGCAGUGCGCUGGAGAGCGAGAACACCCGUCACUUCUUCUCCACCAUCACCGCCAACCUGGAGAACGAGGAGAUGAAGGCCGUGCUGCGGCAGAAGAUCGCUCAGCUGGUGUCCUCUGCUGCUUGAGACGCCGGUACUUCACUGGUUUUUCAGACUUUUCCUGAUGAAUCUUAUCUUGUUUGCUGAUUGAAAAUGAAGUUCAGUUCAUUCUAUGAAUUACCUUAUUACAAAGUGAAAGAUCAAUAAAUGAAUAAAAAGCA